AUGGAAGUGACGAAGGUCUUCUCCUCUCUUCCUCAAGUCCCAGGUCUGCACGACAUUGUCGUUCGAUCCGAAAGCAAGCAGGCGACCCUUCAAUUUGGGGCCACUGGCCAUCAGGAACAUCUGAAGAAUUGGAAAGAUUCUGGUUGCCAGAGGGGUGAGAGAAGGAGGAAGGCGAAGAGAAACAGUUGGAGCGAGAAAGAAGGGUUGAAGAAGGACUUGAAGGCUGAGCAGAAAGUUGUGGAGAAAUUUAGGACAGUCGGUGGCAAGUUUGACAUUGAUACGGCGACGAAUCGAUACGCUGGCAUUCCUGAAGACAAAAUCAAACGCGAUCUAAAUAUUAUCCAAGGAGGUGGUGGUACUGAAAGCGCGUGUUCGGGAUUGUCGUCAGCGCCACCAGCCAUCACCGUUUUCGCAUGGAUUGGAACUAAGUGUAGCAGUCUGGAGGCAUCCAUAAUACAACAAGCCCGCCUCGUUGUCGGCGCUGGGGCGAAUUGGGAGGCCGAAAUCCUACAACUAAGGGACUACUUGUAUACAAACUAUGAAUUAGACAUGGUAUAUAACUUCGGCACUCUGCACACGAACUCGCUCACGCAAUCAAGUAUCACGGUAAGAAUAAUUUCGCGGUCCCGUCACGGUGGAUUAGGGGAAAGCGCCUUACAUGGUAAUAAGCAGUUAAAACCUAAUCUAGAUUGCAAGCUAAUUUUGCAAGAACUCACAGCUAUGGAGAGCCUUGUCCCUACCUUCGUUCAUUCAAUUCAUCAACUCUUGAGGAUGUCCCUUCCCCGCAAGAUAUCGUUUCCCUACAACUAUUAUCUCACAAUCGGAAAUCUAAUCCCGGCGAACCGAUUUCCAGAGCGGCCCCAUCACUUCUCCACCUCCGCUUCCUCCUCGAUACCCAUUUCCCCUAACCCCUGCGGACACUUAACAGCCUCGUCAAUAUCAACAAACGUAAUAAAACCCUCCACCCCGGUCAAAAUCUUGAUAUUGAAGAUUGAUUCAAACCGCAAUCUCUCGCCCCACCCUCUCUAUGAGCCUUCUCAAAUCCCUAAAAGUGCGGGAAUGCCUCAGGUCCGACGAAAGUGGGUUCUAACUCCCAUCCCUUUCUCCAAGAACGCGGGAACUGGUCCGGGAUAA